UUUCUCGCUAAUCACGAGAAGAGGACGGAACGGAACAGAACGCAACGCCAAUUCACGACACACUAUUUUCAGCUUUAUGUAGUUUUCGGCAAAUUUGUUUUUGUCAGACAGUGUUUGCGUGUGUUUUUUUUAACCUCUGGACUAUCUGUUCGCACGCCCGUCGGACUGGUGCGUUGCGUGGAACCAUGACUGCAAGCCUGUACAUGAAGUCCGUCGGGGUUUGGCCCAUUUUAAAGUCAAGAACGAAGGUGUAGUGCUUUGGUGAUGGCGGUCGCCCGUUCGUGUUCCGUGACCACCGUCUUCUUUUAGUCCGGAGCGACGCCAACCUUAUCAGUGGGAGAAAAUGCAGUGUUGAUCGCCUGAAAAAGUGUAAUAAUAUCGGCGCCCAGCCCCCAGCCUACGCUUUGGUCCGCCUAGCGACACAAGCCUGCCUGGCCUGCUCUGCCGAGGUUAGCAGCCACCCGCGGCACGAUCAAGAAGCACGGAACAAGAAGGCCCGAGCCCAAGGCUAGGCUAGGGUGGACCUGCAGCUGGCUGCACCCGUCUGCAGCUGCACCUGUCCCGAGGGUGUGUUGUGGUGCAGUGCCGGCCUGGAAAAUGCUCAAACCUUAUGUACGUGACCGAUUGGCUUAAGUCCGACAAGCCCGAUUGGAUAACACCACCCCAACACAUUUGUCAAGUGGAAUGCAAGUGGAAUUUGUGUGAAGACUGACUUUGGUGAUGUUAGUGUGAUUCUGAGUGAAAAAACAGUGGAAUCUCGGAGAGAAUGAGUGCAUCAGGCGCGUUUGUGGAUAGAAUAGAUCCCUGGGGCUCCAAGGCUUCACUCAAGAAAAAGAAAAAAAAGUCGCAGGGCUCAUCAAGAUACCGGAAUGCUGGAGAAAUGGAAUUACAAGCCCUCCCUUAUCUCAAAGAUGUGCCAUCAAACGAGCAGGAAGAGCUCUUUAUCCGGAAGUUGCGGCAAUGCUGCGUAGCGUUCGACUUCAUGGACCCAGUGACGGACCUGAAGGGGAAGGAGAUCAAGAGGAACACACUUAGCGAAUUGGUUGACUACAUCACCACAGGGCGAGGAGUGCUCACCGAGCCGGUCUACCCCGAAAUCAUAAAGAUGAUAUCGGCCAAUUUGUUCCGGACGUUGCCGCCCAGUGAAAAUCCUGACUUUGACCCAGAAGAGGAUGACCCAACACUAGAGGCCUCAUGGCCACAUCUCCAGUUUGUCUAUGAGUUUUUCUUGAGGUUCCUUGAGUCAACAGAUUUCCAACCUGCUAUUGGCAAGAAAGUCAUUGAUCAGAAAUUUGUUCUUCAGCUUUUGGAUUUAUUUGACAGUGAAGAUCCCAGGGAAAGAGACUUCUUGAAAACUGUUUUGCACCGCAUCUAUGGAAAAUUCCUUGGGCUGCGAGCUUUCAUUCGCAAACAAAUCAACAACAUCUUUCUUAGGUUUGUCUAUGAAACAGAACAUUUCAAUGGGGUUGGAGAACUUCUUGAAAUCUUGGGGAGCAUCAUCAAUGGGUUUGCAUUGCCCUUGAAGGCAGAACAUAAACAAUUCCUUGUAAAGGUACUCAUUCCCUUGCACAAGGUAAAGUGCCUUGGAUUGUACCAUGCACAGCUGGCCUACUGUGUGGUGCAGUUCUUGGAAAAGGAUCCAACCCUUACAGAGCCUGUUAUUCAGGGACUGCUCAAGUACUGGCCAAAGACCUGCAGCCAGAAAGAGGUUAUGUUUUUGGGGGAAAUUGAAGAAAUUUUAGAUGUCAUCGAACCAACACAGUUUGUCAAAAUCCAAGAGCCUCUUUUCAGGCAAAUCUCAAGAUGUGUUGCCAGUCACCAUUUCCAGGUGGCAGAGAGAGCACUGUAUUUCUGGAACAAUGAAUACAUUAUGUCACUUAUUGAGGAAAACAAUUCAGUUAUUAUGCCCAUUGUCUUUCCUUCUCUUUAUCGCAUGAGCAAGGAGCACUGGAACCAGACCAUUAUUGCUCUUUUGUAUAAUGCGCUCAAGUCAUUCAUGGAGAUGAACAGUAAGCUCUUUGAUGAGCUGACUGCUGCUUAUAAAGCUGAAAGACAAAGGGAAGUAAAACGGAAGAAGGAAAGAGAAGAGUUGUGGCAGAGACUGUCAGAGCUUGAGGUGAAUAGCCAAUCGAAUAAAGAGCAACAGCUCAAUAAUAAAGAGCCACAGCUCAUUUUCAAGUGAUAAAUGAGACACACGCAAGAGAGAAAAAGUCAUACAAAUUAUUUGCUGUUAUGUUGUGUGAUUGUCGUGAAGUGCAAGGAGUGGAGUCCGGUGCUGAAAACUUGAAAAAGUACAACAAUGAGCCUUUAGUGUACCUCCUACCCCUUUUCCUCAGGCCCGACAUAUGGCUGCUACCCCCAGCACUAACCUGCCCCGAUCCACCUUGCCUACCCUCUCCCGCCCAGCCUGACGGACCCACCAGUGCAUUGUGUCGGCUUGUUCAUCGACCAAAUUCCUUGUAACAAUUAAACUUAGUGAAUAAUGUACAUUGUUGAUCUGCGUCAUCUCAGUCAAUAAAGUAACAAAAUUGUUGUGUAAGUUAAGGUAUCUACCUAUCUAAUAUUUGGAAAAUCUCUGAAAGACAGAUGAUUACAUGCCUGUAUAUGUUUAAAUAAUGUGAAAUGUAACUAGAUGCUUGGGAUGAUUAGUAAGCCUUAAUGAUGUGGAGUUAUCUCAAGUAUUACACAAGAAAUUGCAAUCUUUUUUUAAUCACUGAAUUAGAGUAAUACAUAUUUUAAUGUCUGGUUGCUAAUUGUAAUAAUGUGCAAUGGCUACCUUCUGACCUCUAUUACGUGUUCUGCCAAUGUGGGGGAGGGGGGACUUUCUUAGACAAUUUUGUGAAGGGUUUGAAAAUAAUGUAGAAAAGAUUCUCUAGCCAGGGAAUGUCAAAUUUUGUGUUUCUUUGUAUAAAAAAUGUUAAUAAAUAUGAAGUGUCAAAACAUCUUUGAAACUCCAUGAAAUGUAGAGACAAGGGUAUCUUGGGAAAUCCUUCAACUGUUCUAGGCUUCUUAAAAAUUUUGUUUCUAAUGGUGUGACAAAUUAAAUAUUAAAAGUUCUUUUAAAUUUUAAUGAGUCAUCAUUCUUUUGAUAAUUUCAAACUACUAUGUUGCUAAUAUUCACUUCAAUUGAAACAAAUGAAGCCAUAUCAAUUCUGCUCAGUGUUCUCAGGCGGAACAAUUUGGGUUCUUCAGGGCCCUGUAACUCAUAUUUGUUUUCUAAAUGGGGGGUCGGGGAACUAUCUUGUACAAACUUAAUUGUCUUAAGACUUUUAGCGCUCUCUGAGGCUAGUUGAUUUUUUUUUGGUUUUUUAAAACUAUUAAUGCAAAUUUUAUUUAUUGGAAAGAACUGUCAUGUUACAUGUAACAUUGAAAUUGAAAUGUUUCUCCUUUUUAAAAUUUAAGUUUUUAAUGUAUGUGAUGUUUAUGCAUGUGUCAUACCCUGCUCCCCCUGCACCUAUGCCCCAAGAAAUCAAUCUGCUUGUCCUGAGUUAUAGGGCUCUGACUUACUGCUCUCCUGAGAAGUCACUUCAGGCAAUAGUCAGUCAUUUUAUUUCUAUCUUUUCUUUCCAACCGAAAGGCUGACUUUUGGAUGUCUUUGUUAGGGUAUGUAUAUUUUUUUUUUAAUGUCAUAGUUUUGAAGAAUAUAUCAAUACAAUAAUAUGUAAAAAUGAACUCCGUUGUUAGUAUUGAUGCAAAGGCAUCUUGUCAGUGUGUGUACUGAAUAACAUCCCAUUGACCUCUGUACGUAUCCAGGAACAACAGAUGUUCAUCAAGUACCAUACUUUCAAAUACCUGCUGUUGGAGAGGUCUUCCUGACUUACAUUUUCAACCCAAGGGGUUUUACGUAUGAGACAAAAUGUUUUUGGCUUGAUGAGAUAUUGCGCUUAUUUUACAAGUGAAUGUGUGCAUAUUUUCUGAAUAUGUAUAAUUGGUUGUCAAAAUCAAGAGGUCUAUGUUGUAUGAGAAUGGGGGUCGCAGUUUUCAGAAUGUGCUGAGAUGUGGACAUAAGCCCCUGUAGCAAGUGCUUUACAAGGCUUACCAUUAUACACCUUGUAGAGCACACCUAUUUGGCAGCAUUCAGUUCUUAAGGCCUUUGCCUUUGCUGGAUGUUGCAUACCUAGUGAACUUCAGAGACUUUUUCCAUAUUGCCACCAUUGUCAUUAUGUAAUUCGGAGAGAAUUAUAAAGCAUUGUUUAGGGUUUUGAA